AGAACCAUAUAUAUUUAGGGUUGUCGGUGGACUUCACAAACAUUAUACUGCUGACAUAUAUCGUUCAUCUUCGUUUCAUGAGCACCUGCUGAGAUUGAUCGAUUCAUCGUCUUCAUCUAACUUCAAGCAUGCAGCAUGGAAUGCAUUAAUAAGUUACUGCAGAGAGGUAGAUCAUGUACGUGUUCAGCUAUCUAGUCUAGCACUCUUAACUAUCUGGACUGUUCUUCUUGACGCCGUGAUCGAUCAAGAUUGAUCUACUGGUGGAGCAGAAUCUGGAGCUUCAUCAUGGACGGGCUCAUGGCUCUGCUACAUGCAAAUGAUAUAUAGAUUUCUCAGAGAUGAAUCGAAGUCUGUAGUACGAGGCGGCAGAUCCAGAAAGCAUAUGAUCGAUCUCAUCAAAGGUGUUGAGCCCGGCCGUAGCUUGUAAAUUGCAAUCAAUUAAGCAGUCUAAGACAACUAGCAGGCGACAGAUCGAUCGACUCAUCAUGCCGUUGCAGGAGAUUGCGAUCAAAGCGAACAAUAUUGAUGGUGCGGUGGAGGAGAUAAUUGGCUUUCUAGAGCAUACAAGACAAUGGGGUGUGAUAUAUGUUGAUGGCUGGCUUGGAUCGGCACUGGGGGCAUCUGCCAUCCUCAAUGCACUCGUCAAACAACUUAGAUCACCAUUAUCAAGGACUGCUACUAGGAAAGCAGCAGGCUUGGAUAAGAUCAUCCACAUUGAUUGCUCACUUUGGCAAAACAAGAGGUCCUUGCAAAAGGCAAUUGCGAAGGAGUUAAGGCUUCCCCAGGAAGUCAUGGCCUUCUUCGACCAGGGUGAUGAGGAGGAUGAUUUUGAUGGGAUAGAGCAAGUUGCUAGAGGUGUGAUUCCGCAUGUCAAAUGGGCAAUCUUGAAUGAACUUAGCAACUGUAAAUUCCUUGUGGUCUUCCACAACGGGAGUGGCAACUAUGUGGAUCUAUGGGAAUGUGGUGUCCCUGUCAUGGGUGUUAUGAGCAAGAGGGUGUUGUGGGCCUCCCAAGGUAGGUUCUUGCUUCAUCAUAGUAGAACCCAGGAGGAUGUGAUAUCAAUGGAGGAGUUAGCUGGGUUGAGUGAUGUGGCCAUAUGGGUUAGUCCACAUAUUUAUAUUAACAAGAAUGCAAUUAUGAAUGAGAAUGAUAUCAUAUUGCACUUUCUACUAGCUGAGGCUGAUGAAGUUGCUAGGUACAGUGGUGUCCCUGGACCUAACUCUAGCAAGAUUGUCUUGGAAUGCAUCUUUUACAAGGUGUUAAGACGGAACUACAACAUAGAUUGGGGUAUUCAUGCAGCCAACUAUUGGGUAUGUGAUGGAAUCAUAGAGGAUGAGAAUGAUUAUGGUAGACCAGCAUGGGAGAUUGGUGAUGCUUUGCACAAGAACAUAAACUUAGAUUGGUCUAUGAGUGUGAUGGAUGAUUUAUAUAGAAUAUUACGUGACACAAAUUGGAGGCAUAGUGAACAUUGGGUUUCACUCACUAGCCAAGAUGAAGCAACAACUGAAGUCUCAAAAUCCUUCUUUACUUUUGACAAUAUGAUAUUAGUUGGUGGCAUGUUUGAGCAAUCAUACAUGAGCAAGCUGCGUGUGUUACAUCUCUCUCACUGCAUCUUUAGCUAUUCAUCUCCUCCAUUCCUAGGUUGUAGCAACCUAAGGUUCCUCCUGCUUGACCAUUGCGAAGACAAGAAACUUGAACCACAUGAUGGUCAAAAGGAGGGUUGCAGCCAAGACAUUAAAACAUGCUUUCAUACCUUGUGGGUACUAGAGCUAAGUUACACUAAUUGGCAUUGGCUGCUAUCAAAAGAGAUGUUGGAUCUAAUGGUUGAGCUUAGGGAGUUGAAUGUAAAAGGAGCAAACAAUAUGAGUAUGAGGUAUCUACAUCAUUGUAGUGGCUCCAAAAGUAGUAUCAUCAAGCUCCGAGUGGUAGUGACUACAAAGUCAAUUGAAGACGACGAGCUAGUUCAGUCAACUCAGGUGUUAACUAGAUCAUCUAAUAAGGACUAUGGCAUAAAUGGUGUUGGUGACAAUAGAGAUCAAGUUUCAUCAUUCCCAGACAUAUCAAGCUGGCAUUUUCUUAAAAGUAUCAUCCUUGAUGGUUGUGGUGAGUUGGAGGAAAUUGGAUACAAUGCCUUGCCCCCAUCUCUAGAGUCAUUUAGCUUCACCAACAACAUCGCCGCUACAAGGAUAAAGAGCAUCUGCUUCUCAAGAUGUGCUAAAUUGAAAUCCAUGUUGCUUACAGGAUGGUUUGGUAGCCUUGUGGAGUUGGACAUGUCUGACACAUUAGUUAAAACCCUUGACCUUAGGGCAGUGAAAGCCCUAGGGCUCAGGAAAAUCUUUCUUUUGGGAUGUGAGAAUCUCUAUGCAAUACUAUGGCCAUGGAAGGAAAACAAGAAGAUAGAGCUGGAGGUAUUGCUCAUUGACACCACACAUGUAACAUGGGAUAGGGAAUAUGCCUCCAAGAAGGAAGAGUCUACUAAUGGUAAUUUUACAAGUAUAGAGUCAUCGUUGGUUGCAGUGCAUGGCAACGACAAAUCAUUGGCCUACUCAGAUUCAUAUAUUUCCUUGAGGGAUCCAAGGCUUUUUCGGUCACUGCUGCGCAUCAAACUUGCCAAAUUCUUACAUGUCAAGAUUUCAUCUAUUGGUGGUCACAAAGGUGUCGCUCCAAGAGCUAAUGAUACUACUUGCAGCUAUAAUGAAUUACCAGUGCCAUUAACCAUAAGCUUGCAAGAGACUAGUGGUAGUCUGUACAGCAUGGAUGAUAUCAUUUCCACCUUCAAAGAUAAUUCUGAUGAAACUAUUGGUGCCAAUGGAGGAGAUGUCGUUGAUAUUGAUAUUGCUCCAACAGCGAUCAUGUGGAUGUGGCCUUGCCCACCUAUUCCUAUGAAUUCUAGUUGGGUCCACUGCUACAUUAGCAUACAAGAUGAGACACCACCUGAACUGCAUGUCGAAGGGUAUACUACUAGUAAUACUAGACAAGAAACUAGGAUUACUUUGCCAAGUUUUGUGCAUGAGAGAACCAAGAUCCUACACUUGCACGACAGUUUAUCCAUCACUAGUAUACCUGGUGCGGCACCUACUGGUAUAGUAGAUUUGAAUUGGGAUGAACUAGUAUGGUGCCGAGUUGAGAGAUGCCCCAGCUUAGAAGGAUCUGUCUUCACUCCCCCUUCAAUACGAGAGAAUGAAAAGGACAUAUUCAAGUGCUUGGAGACGUUCUGGGCAUCCCAGCUGCAAAAUGUUCGCUAUAUAUGGCACUGGGGCACAACAUUCAUUCUCCCAGGAGAAGAUUCCUUCCAUAAUCUAACAUUCUUACACCUGGAACACUGCCCCAGGCUAGUACAUGUGCUCCCAUUGUACAUAUCAAAUGACAGUGGAUGCUAUAACUUGGAAACCCUCGAGAUUGUAUGUUGUUGUGAGCUCAAAGAGGUUUUCCCAACGGAUACAGAAGUGCAUGAACAAAAGCCUAGAGAAUUCCCGAGGCUGAAGCGCAUCCAUUUGUAUGAGCUACCCAUGCUAGAGCACAUCUACAGGCACCAUAUGUUGGCCCGUAACCUUGAGACUGUGAAGAUUAGAGGCUGCUGGAGCCUCAAGCGUCUGCCGGCCGUUCGACGACCCCCUCGUCGUCGUCAUAGACUAAGCACUGUGGCUGAGGCAGAAUUGUUGGAUAGCGUGGUGUCAUUAGACGGCUUUGAAUCCGACGAGGAUAAGGCCCAAUCGACACUGCCAACGGUGGACUGUGAGGAGGACUGGUGGAAUGGCCUUGAGUGGAGUGGGGAAGAGUUUGGCCACCAUCCUUGGCACUACAAGCCGUGCCACUCUGCAUACCACAAGAGGACCCUGCUGAGAGCCUCUGUACUCAGGUAGACAGGCAGUAUGCAAUAUCCUCCCCGUACAUGGAUAUCGAUCAUCAGCUGGGCAUAGAUCGAUCAUUGUUCGCCACAGGAGAAAGGGAUGCUUGUAUUACUCUGCUUCCUUCAAGUCUUACCUCUGUGUUCUCGCUUCUACACCUUCUGCCUGCAUGCAUAUCGUAUAACAUGGAUAUGGAUCAUAUCAUGGAUGGAUGCUAGCUAGCUUGCAUUGUGUGUGCUCAGCAUCUUUUAAUUAAUAUGCUGCCAUGCGGCCAUGGUUUCUGUUUUCUGUUUGGUUAAUUUGGUGAGCUUGUGAGGAAUAUAUAUACAUAUAUAUAUAAAUAUAAAUAAGGAGCUCAUCAGUACAGUACGCCAUCAGCUUCAGCGGCAGGCAUGAGCAGAGAAGGGAGUGGAUGCAUGCACACCACCUUGCUCUGAUGAGAUCCUACUUGGUGUUGUACCGUGCUAUGCUCCCAUGUAAUGUAAUGUGUGCUUUGAGUGUGCAUCUAUGCGUGAGAUUUAUAUUUGCCAGCUACGGGAUUGAGACAUAAUUAUUUGUAAUAAAUAAUAACUUGACAGCUAUGUGUAUGUAUAUAUAUGUAAAAACACGUGUGAAU